AUGAUUGUUUUGGUUGUAAUGAUGAGUAAUGGAUAUUCAUUACUUGGAGCAUUAACAGAAGAUGAAUGCAAAGCUUAUUUUGUAUCGAAUGAUUUUAAGCAACGACUUCAUGCUAGAUUUGUUUGUCCAAAAAAAUGGCGACCAAAAAUGAAUAAAAUUGAAUCUGUUGUGGCUAAACGAUCUGUAAUAGAUCUUGAAGAUAAUAGAAUAAUUUCAUAG